AUUAUUUUAGGCUUCAUAAAAGGGAUUCUUAUCAUGCCUUUAUGAUAUAGAACUUAUUAGAAUACCCCAUUAGUGAAUUUACGGGGGUUCACACAGAUUCCUAAAAAAAAAAAAAUAUUAUAAUAAUGAAUAGUAAUGAACCUGUCUCUCCCAAGUUCUUUCCAGUGAACCUGGUUCAUCACUGUAGCGCGGGCUCCACAAUACGUGGCGGCCCGCGAUUGAUCCGAUUAAUUAAUUUUUUUUUUUUAAAAAAAAACAAAAAUCGAACAGUAAAAAAAAAAUAAUAGAAAAAAUACUUUGUGAACCCCUUUCAUGGGGUUCACUGAUGCACAUGCUCUUAAGAAGAAGACUGAGACUCCUGAGAGAAUGUCACUGUCAAAUAAAUGUUGCGUCAAAUUUAGUGGUUUAUUUUAGAUGGGAAUUUUGUAUUUUUGUCAAUAAAUUGAGUUGUUGAAUUGGUUGCAUGUCAAGGAGAAAUAUCCAAUGCGUGAGUGAGUGAGAUGCACAUACACAAAUAUUGUAUUUUCUUUUUGACUAAAGGCUUCAAAUAUUGUAUUUUUAAAUAUAAUAUAAUAAUGUAAUGUAAGUUAUACUUCCUCCGUAUCGUUUUAGAGAAAAAAAUUUGUUACAAAAUAAGUCUCGUUUUUAGUUUUCAAUGCAAAAUUUAUUAAUUUUAUUAUGUUAUUUGUUUUUCUAUUGGUUGAAAUAUGGUUAGGUGUAUAGGUAAUUGUGUUUUAUAUAGAAAACAUGCAAAAUUAAUUGUUUUCUUAAUCCGUGUGCACAAGUCUAAAACGACAUUUAAUAUGAAACAUAGGGAGUAACUAUCAAUACUCACAUGAAAUUCUCCAUUUAUUGAAGACCUUUAGGGUUUUGUAUAGUUGGUUCUUAGGUUUGGACCUUUUAUUUUUACUGUUAAGGGUUUUGUCUUGUGGACUUUGACCCAUUAAUAAAAUUUCAGAUGAAUUUUUUUUAUAAAGGGUACAAUUCUUAUUUGUGAAAUUCAAAGGAUUAUUUUGUAGUAACAUAAAACUUGUGGGGUUAAAUUAUAAAGAAAGUAUUGUCUACUCUGCCUGAGAGGCGUUUGACUUUUAACCUAUCCUCCUCUUCUUAGCUCGGUGACGCAUAUCGUCGAGCAACCUCAUCUGCAAUUCCAUCCUCUAGCCAAUCUCUUCCCUUUCAGUUAACCCGAGUUUGAGUUUCUAUGUUAUUAUCAUUCGACAAUGUCUCGAAGAUUCAUCAAACUCUCUCCUUGGAGCCAUGCCCUCAUACACAAGAGACGCUUUCGUUUGUUUUCAUCUUCUUUCACAACUCCAUAUUUGUUACUUGGCACUACGUUAAAGAAUGAUCUUCCGGACGGUAGUGACGUCAGAGACGUCCUCUUGUUUGAUCCGACCAAGGAAGAGAUGCUUACAGUUCCCAACAUAACAUUCCCCGAAGAGGUCGCUGGUUCGAGACAGAUAGGAAGUGCACGUGGAUGGGGAAUAUUCUCUAACGACCAUGACCGUUCGCUAUGUAUCAGCGACCUUUACAGUUCCUUGGGUCCCAAGUCAACACUCACAAUGAUUCCUAUGCCUUCGCUUGUUGCUGUAUACUCUAACCAAACAAACGCUGUCUGGAACGUGGCAAUGUCGUCUUCUCCUAGUGAUCAAGACUGUGUGGUUGCUAUAAAGCUGUUGGAUAGACAGCUUAGUCUAUGUAGACCACAUUCUAACAUGCGUUGGACUAAUGUCGGGGAGAUUUUGGCUGAGAAUAACUUGCAGAAGUUGGAGAACUCGACUCUUAUGUAUUCCAAGAGAGAGCGUAGAUUCUACUUGCCUGGUCCUGGAGGCAACUCCUUGUACUCAUGGGAUCUCCAUUUGAAGAAGAACAAGGUCCCUAGCUUCCAUGAGUUGAUGUUCCGCGACCUUCCUGAGUUGGAUGAUUCCGAGUGGAAGCUUUUGGGUUGGUGUUGCAGGACGGAACACCUGGUUGAGUUAGCCUCCAGUGGCGAACGUUUUCUUGUCAAAUGGUACGCACAACGCUUCUUCUCGUCGAGCCAUGAAGGAAGUAACUACACGACAAGGAGGUUCAUGGUGUUUAGAGAGAAGAAGAUGACGGAAGGAAGAUACAUGCAUUACACAGAGGAUAUUGGAGAUGUGUGCAUAUUUAUUUCAAUGAGCGAGGCUUUCUGCGUCGAGGCUAGUUCUUGUUCCGGUCUGAAGCCUAACUCCAUUUAUUUUAUAGGCCAUGGUUUUGGUAUUUACAAUGUAGCUGAUACAACAAUACAUCAUUUUCAAGCUCCUGAAGGUGCACCUACUUCUUUCAAAGACCCUUACUGGCUUCCUCCAUCUCGUAUAUAGUGAGGCCCUACCACCAUUGGUGUCCAAAUACCAGCCAGGGGUUAUAUCUAUGAAAUUCAAUAUUAAUCUAGUUACUUUUUAUAAAUGAAAAGGAGCUAAAAUAAUGUAUGAGUUGGGUGUGCAUAUUGUCUACUUUUGUUGUCGUCUCAACUAUUUUUUUUCGUAUUCGUGCAAUCAAAUACAUUUGUAAACAUUCUAUCAAGCUCAAAAAGAAGCUAAAAGAAGUUCACCAAACACUAAAAUGUGUAGGAAAAGGGAGAAAGAAAGUAGAAUGAGAAAGGAGGGGGUCCAUGACUCAAAUCACUUUCAAAAGGAAAGCAAACCCACAUGAUCUUGCUUCCGGAUAUAUAUUGAAAACCCACUUCUCUUCGUUAUCCUUUCGUUUUCUGUUUGUUAUUAAUCAUGUUACUUCAUUUUAUAGCGUAUGUCUUAUACUCUGAGUUAUUUUUUAAAAAAGUUUUGUGAAAUGAAUCCACAAUUAAUUAAGGUUUGUCGUUAUCUCAGUAAAAGAACCAGUUAAAACUUGACCUUCUUAGAGCAUACUCUAUAUAUUUAGUUGAACCAACAUUGGUAGUAUUAAUCUUGUUUUAAAAAGUUAUUUUAAGAUAUAUUUUCAAAAGACAACUAAUAAGAAGAAGAAAAAAAGAAUAAGGCAGUAGGAUCUGAAAUCCAACAGAAUGCAUGCAUGCAUAUCAUAUAUAAUUCAUUGAAAAUGUUUGAACUAAUGUCAUCAAACUUUCGACUAUUUCUUGUUGAAUUGACUUUGAUGGCACUCAAUGACAUGAAAAAAAAAACUUAAUUACACCAAAUAAAAGGCAAUAGGAAAAACACAAAUUGUAAAGAUAAUAAGUUGUUCUUUUUUGAAACACAACUACUUCAUUAAAGGACUUAGCCAGAGUUUGGUGCAACCAUAAUGGCUUGCUCAACAGCUAAGCACUGCUUUGCAAGACCAUCAGCUACAUAGUUCCUUUCACGAGGAAUCCAAUUAAAAGAAAUACAUUCAAAAGAAAAGGCUAGCUCUAAGAUAUCGGUGGAGACACCAUACAGCUCUGCAUUGGUAGUUUCUGAGUUUAGUACUCUGAUGAGUAGUUCCGAAUCUGAUUCACAUCUGAUCCUUGAUAAUCCGAGGUUUCUGCACUUCAUGAUCGCUUCUCUAACUGCAAGACCUUCCGCCAUAAGGGGAGAACCCACAUUAAGAGCUGGUUCAGUAAAGGUUCUCGAUCCUUCAAUAUCUCCAAUUGUCCAUCCAAGCCCCGCGAGUUGGAGUCCUUCAUGCCACGCUGCAUCAGUUCUGAUUACCACACAGUCCGGUUGUGGUUCAAAUAGUUGUUAUGUGGGGUUUGGAACCGAACUAGUUUUUUUAAGAAAAAAAAAAACAUGGGUCCAAAUUGUAUAAUAAAAUUUAUAACACGAACAUUUUACUAUAUAAUUUUAUUUCUCAAAUUUUGAGUUACAAUCUAAUAUUACAAAGCACCUAAGAUACUUGGUGUCUAAGAAUAUGAUAAGAUGACGCAUAAUUAGUCCGCGACUACUCAGGGUGAAACUAGAAAUAUUUCAACUAUCUGCUUAAUGUCUUGCAUGGUUGCUUAGAUCAGGAUUUAACUUGAUGAAAUUGUGGAAAGUGCAAUAUGUGGUGAUAAUAAUGGAGACCAAAUGAUGCUAUAACAUGUGUCUACCCAGCCACAUUGUGCAUUUUACAACUGAAAUUUAUUAUAAGAUAAUAUAAACACUAAGGAAAAGAAGAAGAAUAAAUAAUUGAAAACUUUAUAGCGAGGAAGAGGGGUCCCCUCAAAUGUAGUAGACGAUGGAUCCAAAAGGUAAAGUACAUUCACAUUCAAUCGUUGGGUGCAAUUAUUCAUUCCAUCUAUUUGAAACCGUCUCAUCACCAUCUAGAAAAAGAAAUACAAAUUAUGUUAUAUUCCUAUACUUAAAUAUAUGUUAUUUCACCCCUUUUCCCUUCAUUUGUUUGUUUAUAUUAUGGUUUUAUCAAAAUAAUUCAACAUCUUCGUAUGGUUUAUGUUCGAUUUCAAACGAAUGUUUCUAAAGGAAUAAUAUAUCAAGCUUUUAAAUUUUACUUUUGAUAUUAUAUUGUGUACUUGUAAGACAAUGUACAUCAUCUCCUAUCUCAAUCAAAAAGACAAAACCCCACUUAGUUAUCUCAUGAUUAUUUUAUACGGAUGGCAAUUCGUAGUUCCCUAACCACUGUUUUGGUGCAAUGUUGGUAUGCAUAUAGAAAAUGAACAUUGGCAGCUAAUGAAAGUUUCAAAACCUUCCAUAAGCUUUUAGGUAAAAUACUAGUUCAGUGAAUAUUUUAAAAUCGAGAAAUCCAAAAUAGUUAAUAGAAAAGUGAACGUUAUUCAACGUAUAUUCCUACACCCAGCCGCUGAAAAACAGCAGGAAAAGAGCAACUAACAGACAACAAUAUCAACCAUAAAACUAUAUAUAAUACACACUCAUGAAGAUAUACAUUAUGCAACAUCAAAAGAUUAAAACACACCAUAAGAAGGGGCCGUCCAAUAAAAGAACUCACCAAAGAAACAUCUAUACUAUACUAAAAGUUCUUUAACUAGAGCUCUCAGCCUAUCCACCUCAGCAAAAAAUUCACAACUUAUCAAAUUGACAUGUCAUCACAAAUAACAAAAAAAAAAAAAUUUUUAUUUUGCUAUCUCUCUUUUCGUUUUCUUUCUCAAAUCAAUUUUUCUCAUUAAUAUUCAUCUUCUCAACUUCUUCCCUGUAAAUCCUCCGUAGCUGUUUCUCCCACAUUUACUUCCAUUGGUUAAUUUACCAAGCUUUAUGACACUUUUAGAUUUUCUGAUUUAUUAAUAAUUGAUUUAUAUAUAAGAUUGAACGAUGGCCAAAUUAGAUCCUCACUUUCUCUCGCUAUUAGAUUUCUGGAUUAUGAUCUUAUUGGUUUCAACCCCCCAAAAUCAAUGCGUGGAGGGAUUCAGAUUUGUUAUCCUCAUGUAAUUUUAUAUUGUGGAUCACUGGAUCAACAUAGGUUUGCAAGGGAAAAAAUCUGGGUAAUCGAUGACAAUCUACCUACACGAGUUCAUAAAAUCAUCAUUAGUUGAUCUUCAUCACUAUUUGUUCCACACGAUCUCUCUUAAGCGAUCCACUUCCUUGCUAAAUAUAUUUGUCAACUACAGAUUUCUUCAUGCCUGCAUCAAAAUCAGUUAAUCUUUUUACCUCAUAUCAUUUCUGCAAUCUCUUUUUAGUUUGAAAUAUCAGUAGGGCUUCGCUUUGCUUUGCUGUUCAUCUUACAAAGCUAACAACAAACAUAGAUUGAGAAGGCUUCUGUCUAUAGACUGACUCAGUGCAAUCUUUGAAGAUUUAAGCUGAGAGAUGGCAUGUAAUUUCCAGAUAAACGGUAAGGGACCCUCUCUUCUUUUAGAUCCAGUUUCUGUUGUUUUCUUUUCUUAUUGAAACAAGCCAGUUACACAUGCAUACCUGAACGUCGAGAUCAUUAUAUUAUAAACCUACGAUUUUUAAUGACUCCUCUCACUGUUUAUUAUGUAGAUGAACCAAAAAAAAAAUCAUUUGCAUGCUGUGUCACGGUUGAAAGCAGUUAACGAGGAAGAAGAUCAAGGAAAAAAGAGCAGAAAGAAGGUACUUUGUGGUUAACGAUCUAUUUUCUGUUUAUAUUAUAUUUUCUGAUUUUGGUGGUUUCUCUUUGUUUUGUUGCAGUUGGGAUGUUGGGUUCACUUUAGGGAUUCUUUUUUUUGUCUGCUCUUCACACGAUAUAAUUUUCAUUAAUUAUGAUAGUGAUGAUGCAGUUGUAUGUAAACCAUGGGAAGGUGAAUUUAGGGGACGAUGAGCACAAAAGCAUACUUUGUGUGGAUGGUUAUUACUUUGAAGCAAUGAGAAGAAUGGACCAGCCAGCUUAUAUUAAUCGCUGUUAAGAUCAGUCUCUGCUUUGAUCAACUUGAACAACAGAGCAAAGGAUUCUGAUUCUGUCUGUUUUGGAAUUCCAUCCUAAAAAAAUCAUCCACUGCAGAGAUCAUGCGGAGGAAUAAGCUUGAUAAUGUAUUUCACUAAAAUCUUAUUGCAGAUGCUGGCUUUUUCUUACCAGUCUUACAAGAAAGGCCCAGCUCCAAGAAGUUGAGCUGGAAAAACAGCCAAGCAGCUCAAAGAGGCGUUUACAAUCUCUAGCGAAGAAACGAUCAGAUGUGCGGCAACAAAAAAAAGGUUAUCAUAUCUCUUACCGCAUAAGUAAUUUCAAAGCUCAAAAGAAACGACCAGAUGUGCGGAAAUGCCUCACUGAGACUCUUUUACCCCAACCACUUCUCUGAUUUUCCCAGCCCGAGGCAUCUGAGUGCAAAUCUUGGGAUAUAACAUAUCUUCUAUAUAUAAAGAUAGAAAAUUUAAAGUUUUGAAAGUGUUUUACGUCUUCUUUCAUUGUAGUUUGGGGGCUCUGUGGUGUUUAUUGUGAGAAGGUAGUAAUUGUCUUAUGAAAUCAAAGCAAUCUGAUUACUCAAUUAAAAACAGAAAAUUAUUUCAGACCACCAUCCCGUUUUAUUUAAAAGUAUAUUGUAGAUCAAGUGGUUAAGUAAUCUCAAUGGGACAAUUAAAUAUCGCAGUCCAAAGAAUAUGUAUUCGGAAAAUAAAGUUGUGACAUCACAAGCAUUAUCUUAAGAUAUAUUAAAGAAAAAUAAACACAUAUUUUUAAAAGUAAUGCAUUAUAAUAAACUGAUUCAAAUUUACAGAGAAGCUGUUACUGGCUUCAUCAUCAACUACACGGUUUUACAUUUUACUUUGACAACACAAAAAAACAUAAUCGUGAACUUACAUACAAGAGCUGAGGCGAAACAUUUCACCUACAACUAAAAA